UGCUAGAAUCUGAAGGUCAAGUACAAAAUAGCAAAAAAAGUACAUCAAACCCAGACGUAACAUAUAUUUCAAUUCGUAUUGAACAAAAAACCAAAAUUAUUCUUAAUGAUCAUGAGUUUAUUAUUACCAUAACAGUUG